UUACAAUUAAUUAAGUCCAAUAAAGAUGUAAUGAAAUAAGGAAAGUACAGCUAUACUUUAUCAUUGAAGAAUAGUCAAAACCAACAAUAAUUUCAUCACCAAAAUUUAUUGAAUGAACAAUAAAAAUAUAAUAUAAAUAUGGAUGAUAUGUAGUAAUUAAGUGAUUAGGAAAGUUAAUAUGACAGUGAUGAAGAGGAAUUCUCAAUAUGGGAAGAAGAUGAACUUAAAAGCUGUGGAAUAAACACUGAAGAAUUCAACGAUAGCAGAGGAAAGCUAUAAUUUUACUAAAUAUACAGACUGCGUUCUGCAUUAUAUUAACAGACUUAUGUUUCACGCUUGGAUACAAUUUUAGAAGUAUAAAAAAUUCAAUAUCAUUUUAAUUAGCAAAUAUCAGUAGAUGAGUUGAAAGAAUAGCAAGUUUAUCUUGACACUUACUACUCUAUUCAGAAAAAAGAUUAAGAAAUAGUUUCAGAAAACAAAUUGAAUCAUAAUUUCCUCAACUAAAAGUCAAAAAAAUUUGAUGUAAAAACUUUUAAUUCAUAAAAUAAGAAAGAUGAAAAAAUAAAUUUUAACGAGUCAUAAACUGUUUAAAAACAAGCAUUUGUUAUUCGUAAUAGCUCAAAUGAAAAUUUAUAGGAAAAUUUAUCAAAUUAUCCUCCUAAUUAGAUAAAAAGGAAAGAAAAUAAUAAUUAAAAAAUUGAUUUUGAUUAAGAUUCUUCAAAAAAAAUCAAAAUUCAUUAGUAAUAAGAAAAUAAAAUUAAUGAUAAAAAUCAAUGUAAUAUCAAAAGAUAAAGCAACCAUAUAACAUAAUAAUAAAAUUCAGGAAUUUUAGAAAAAAUUUUAUAUCCUCUUUCAUUUUUAAAACAAAAAAUUUUCAGAUAGCAUUAAAAUAUUUGA